AUGUACGCACCACAGUAUCCCACGCCUCCUCCGGGCUACAUGCCCUACGACUACCACCGCACCACGCCGCCCAUGUCGCCCGGCCCCGGCGCCAACUACUACUCUCCCCGCCACGCCCCCCAGAUGGCCACACCACGAGCCAGUCCAAAGGUCUCUGGCCACUCGCGCCGGGCAUCGCACGCCGUGCCAUCGACACAGUACCAACAAUACACGGCCUCGCCUCGAGGAGGAGCCGUGCCCCACUAUGGCGCUGCCGAGUUUGCUGCCCCGCGCACCCACGCAACGCCGCGAGGCACCCCCGAAUAUGUAAGUUAUUUCGGUUACACUCUUCCAAGUCGGCAUCGCCGCGACUCAGACGUCCCGCCUCUCAAGCGCAGUCAUCGCGAGAGGAAGCGUCGUCCGUCGCAGUCGGCACGUCAGGUCCACACCAGAGUUGUCUACGACGACCGAGGCUACGGCUACGAAUGCGACUACGACGUCUACGAUUACCCACCGCCGCCGUACGAACAGUACGCGCGCCACGACAUGUACCGAGGGGAUGCUGAUCGCUAUUACUAUGAUCAGGUCCCAAUCUAUGAUCCAGAACCAAAGUCUAGCCGCCCCCGACGAGCCUCUGCAUCGACACGACAGCCAGCCGCCUCGCCCAAGAAGCCAGCCCCAACAAAGACUAGCCCCAAGGCCACCGAAGAAGACGCGCGCCGCGCUGGCAUUCCUGCCGGCUACUCGUACAAGAACUGGGACCCUACCGAAGAGCCCAUUAUGCUGCUAGGGUCCGUCUUCGACGCAAACUCGCUUGGCAAGUGGAUCUACGACUGGACCGUCUUCCACUACGGUCCUGCCACGCCUCUCGCCGAGAUGGCAGGUGAGCUGUGGCUCCUCCUCAUCCAGCUCGCUGGCAAGGUCAAGAGAGCCGACGAGACGAUGCCCAAGAUCCGCAAGAAGGAGAACCACGAAAUGGUCGAAGACUUCCUCGAGAGUGGGGAGCGCCUAUGGGUCCGCUUCGCCAAGCUGCUCAAAGUAUGCGAGGACUACAUGUGGAAGGCGGCCAAGAAGGAGAGUGGCAAGGAAAAGCCCGUGUCCAUGGGCAAGAACAGCGGCAAGGAGUUUGUCGAGUCCAUCUUUGGGCGCGACCGAGAACUCGAGAAGACUGAGAAGCUCAUGACUGGAAUGCGUCUCUGGUCGAUGCGCUUCGACGCCAACUGCGAAGACAUCCUACGAUAUCCAUCCGCCUAG